AUGACAGAACCAAGCCCUUCGAGCCACGUGAGGUCAGUGACCGCCUCACCCAAUCUCCAGCUGCCCGGAACGACACCACCAACUGCCCGGAAGCGUGCAAGAUCCGAGGGGAAUGGGAAUGGGAAUUUCGAUCAGCGGCAACAACCGCAACCGGAGCGCAAGAAGCGCGCUCCGGUUGCCUGUCGCAUGUGCAAGAACCGCAAAAUCAAGUGCUCCAAUGAUAGGCCAAAGUGUCUAAGCUGUGUACGGCUGCAAUGUGAUUGUCUUUACCCCGAAGACGCCAAUCGGUCUCUGGGAGAAGAGCCUUUGCCCCGGAUAUUGGGCGCUCUCGAAGAAAUAUUGGCCCGGCUCCCCGAUUUGACAAGAUCAGUUCCAUUUCCUAGUGCUCUUUACAACGCUCCGCACCCUGAGGCAAGACUCGCCAUACCAACAGGUUCUGGAUCAUCGCACGAAACGGAGCUUAGCAACUCGACAGCAGAGGAGAGUUUUCUUUCGCUACCGAACGAUGUGUCGAGAAACACAUCCUUAGAGGAGGUUCUCCGAUGGCCCGUGUUCUCGAGCAAUGCUACCACAGCAACGCCGCAACUGUCCGGCUUGCUAAUGGCUGACGAAGAAUCCGGCGUCGGGGAUUCAAGUGAUGCAUACCGGAAAAAUGCAUGGCAUGUUCUUGAUAACACCAGGAUCCUUCUCCGUGUCAAUCAGUUUUUGGCCAACGUGAAUAUCAAGAACCCGAUUCUUGACCGACAUACACUUUUAAAAGAUGCCAUGCUACUGACCGAGACCGGAUUGUCGUGGGAUGCAAGGUCAUGCUUGGUACUUAUAGCGUGUGCACUGGGGGCGAUCUCGACUGCAUUCGAGCCAGGUCCAGCAACGACAGAUGGAAUCCUUCGUUCUCGAAGCGACUUCGACAGUCAGUCACGAGUAGAAGCUGAGUCAUACUACCAGUCAGCGCAGAGGCGCUUGGGGCUGUUGACUCGAGGUCUGAGAGCAAGUCAAUGCCACUUGCUCUCGGGAAUAUAUUGCAUGUACACACUUCGACCUAUAGAAGCAUGGCAUUCGUUUUAUCAAGCAUCCACACUCUGUCUGGUGCACCUCAAACUUCGGGGAAGCUCACACUGCGGUGGAAACCUGGCCGAGUUCAGUGAUGCCCAGAAGAGCCUUGAGCAACGGUUGUUUUGGAGCUGCCUCAAAUCCGAAUGCGAGAUGCUUCUUGAGCUACCAUUGCCACAAUCGAGUCUUUAUACCAUUGAAUCCCCGGGUAUGUUUCCAUCGCCGCCCCCACAGGAGACCAUAGAAGCGGCCAUAAAGGGGCCUGAACUUGAUGGUAGACCCCCUACCCGUAGUCCAGCGUUGAACUCCUUGUACCCGUCACACCACCCACCGAGUCCAAGUACCCCGAGAGACUUGGUGUCUCUCCAUCAUCAAUCUUGGUUUUAUUACCUGACGGAAAUAUCUCUUCUACGCCUAAACAAUCGAAUCAUACGGGCAUUCUACUCCGCGGACAGUACGACAUGGACCAGAAUGAAUGUCAUUGACAUGUGUAAUGAAGCUCAUGCUUGUGAGCGGCAAUUGCAACAGUGGGUUGAGUCGUUACCGCAUUCGAUACGAUUCGACGAAACGGACCCAAACCCAGGUGAGCACAGUGAGUUACAACACAUGACGUGGAGACGUUAUGUCAAGAUCAAAAGGUUGCUCUACCGUCCUUUUCUAUAUCGAUUAGCCCAUGCAGACCAUCAAGACGGUGUCUUGCAUCAGCUCGUUCAGCCCUACGCCGAAAAGUGCGUCUUGGCGUGCGUUCAGCCGGCAACCUACAUUGGCCUUCGUCACCGACAUCAUGGGACAUGGUUCGGCUGUAGAGAGUCUGCACUUUCUGCUCUUAUACUGCUGGCCGCUCAAUCGACCGGAGUCCUCACUGCCAUGGGUCUAGAAGCACAGAGCGAACAGUUCAUACAUCUAUACAUUGCUCACUUGAAAUUCUGGCAAGAGGAGAGCGUCGACAUUAAAGUGAUCAGCGAGAUCAUCCAGCGAAUGUGCCAAGAGAGUCUAUCACAGAGUGUAUCUAGCGGCUAA